AUGAGAGGAGAGAAGGAUGUCAAGUUUUUUCGUAACUAUGAUAUCUCAUCUGACACCUCUCCUGGUAACAGCGGCUACUCCUCCCCGUGCUGUAAACACCCGCUAGGCAGGAGAGUUUCUAGAGAGCGGCUCAUAGAUCCUGAUAAAGCUUUGUGGAUUAUUCGUAUGUAUGAACAAUGUCGCAGACCAUAUAUGGGUAUAUGGUUGAUAUGGAAACCAGCCCUUCUGGUAAAUUGUCCGAACUUGGCGCGCAAGAUUUUAAAUCAAGAUUUCGGUAACUUCAGGGACCGUCAUGUAAGCUCCGGGAGCACGGACCCUGUCGGAGGUUUAAAUUUAUUUACCGUUAAAGAUCCCGUAUGGAGUAACAUUCGAUCAAAAAUAACUGGAGUAUUUACAACUGCCAAGUUGAAAAAUCAUCAGGAUUAUACACGAAGCAAAGCGAAGGAAUUAGUGCAAAGAAUUCAAAACGAUGGAAACAAAGUAUUACAUCUCAAGGAUUUGUUGGUCGACUAUACAACAGAUGUGAUCGGAACAUUUGCUUUUGGUGUGGAGAGUAACGCCACGCUCACAGGCGAGGGCCCGCUCAGAGACAUCACUAGAGACUUCAUUAAACUGUCUGUGUACCGAGGACUAUCAAUGUUCUCUAUAUUCUUUUGGCCUGAAGUCACUGAUAUUUUCAGAUCGAAGUUCUUUCCAAGAUCGUCAACGAAAUAUUUUUGUGAAGUAGUCGACCGUAUAAUGACUCACCGCAAGAAAGAGAACAUCAGAAGAAAUGACCUCAUCGAUUGUUUGAUCAAAAUUGAGAAAGAGAGUGAAGAAAACAAUGAGAAACUUCCGAAUGGUUUGAUAGUGGCUCAGGCAGCCAUCCUCCUUCUUGGCGGGUUUGAUACGUCAGCUAUGACCCUUACAUAUGCUAUUUAUGAAAUCGCCCACGCUCCCGAUAUACAGGAAAAGUUAUAUCGAGAACUUUUAGAAGCAAAGAAACGUUACGGCGGUGAAGACUUUGACAUGCAAACACUAGGAGAAAUGACUUACAUGAACUGUGUUAUACAAGAAACACUUCGGAAAUAUGCGCCCAUGACUUGGUUGGACAGAAUAGCACUGUCUGAUUAUAAGAUCGACGACUCGCUGACCAUCAAGGGCGGUACUCCUGUGUACAUCAACAUACUCGGCAUGCACUACGACCCCGACUAUUUCCCAGACCCAUAUACAUUUAAUCCUGAUAGAUUCUUACCAGAGAACAGCAGCAACAUAAAACCUUAUACGUUCAUGCCAUUCGGAGAGGGACCCAGAAGUUGUAUUGGUAAAAGAUUCGGAUACAUAACGAUGCGUACCGUUUUGGCUGCGUUGUUCCUAAACUACGAACUAUUCCCUUUACCCAACACGCCUACACCGAUACAGACUAAGAUUGACCCGUACAGUAUGUUCUAUACUCCUGGAGAAAAACUUCGUGUAGAAUUUGUUCCUAGAAAUAAGUAA